AUGGCUAUGUAUCUUAGAUCACUUCAUCUUCUGAUACUUCUCUAUGUUUCCAAUAUUCCGUUGGCCUUCGCUCAAGACGAAAACCAAUUUAUCUACAAUGGCUUCAAGCAAGCCAAGCUGCAUCUUGAUGGAACCGCAGUAAUCCACAGCAAUGGUUUAUUGCAGCUAACCAACAUUUCAUCCCAACAAGUUGGCCGUGCUUUUUACCAAUUUCCUAUAAAAUUCAACACAACUUCACCCACUUUAACUUCGUCUCUUUCAUUUUCUACAAACUUUGUGUUUGCCAUAGUUCCUAAAGCACAAAAUCCUGGUGGUCAUGGCAUUGCCUUCACCAUCGGUCCCUCGACAGACUUCACAGGCCGUGGUCUAGCAAAUGGGUAUCUAGGGCUCUUCAAUUCUUCCAAUAACGGCCAUCCUGAAAACCAUAUCUUGGCCAUCGAGCUUGAUACUGUUGUGAACCCUGAAUUUCGAGAUAUUAAUAUAAACCAUGUGGGAAUCGAUGUGAACGACUUGAAAUCAGUUGAAUCAGCUCCUGCAACUUAUUUCAACGAUAAAGAAGGGAAGAAUAUAAGCUUGGAGCUCACGAGUGGAAAUCCAAUGCAUCUUUGGAUAGACUAUAAUGAAGCAGAGAAGUUACUGAAUGUAACACUUGCCCCAACCAGAAUCCCAAAACCAAACAGGCCUCUCUUGUCAAGACACGUCGAUCUGUCUCAAUAUCUCUUGGAAUCCAUGUAUGUCGGUUUCUCUUCAACCACAGGUACACUUGCAAGUUACCACUACAUUCUUGGAUGGAGCUUUAAUAAAAGUGGACCAUCACAAAGCCUUGAAAUUUCUAGACUUCCUCCACUUCCUCGACAGGGGAAAAGAGCCAAACCAGGCCCAGUGAUAAUAACUUCUCUAAUAGCAGUGGCUCUUGUGCUGAUAAACACCAUUGGAGUUGCUUACAUUUUGAGGAGGAAGAAAUAUGAAGAAAUACGUGAAGAUUGGGAAGAAGAGUAUGGUCCCCACAGGUUCACCUAUAAGAGUCUCCACAAAGCAACCAAAGGUUUCAAAGACACGGAAAUUAUUGGAGAAGGAGGUUUCGGAAAGGUUUAUAUGGGGAUACUUGCUUCGUCUAAUGUUCAAAUUGCAGUGAAAAGAGUCUCCCAUGAUUCCAAACAAGGGAUGAAGGAAUUUGUGGCUGAGAUCGUUAGCAUGGGAAGACUGAGGCAUAGGAACUUGGUGCAGCUCUUGGGCUAUUGCCGACGAAGGGGAGAACUCCUCUUGGUCUAUGAUUAUAUGCCCAACGGAAGCCUUGACAAGUUCUUAUAUAGCAAUGAAAAUCCAAACCUUAAUUGGUUUCAACGAUUUCGAAUCAUCAGAGGAGCCGGCCUUCUUUACCUCCAUGAAGAGUGGGAACAGGUUGUUCUGCACCGAGAUGUAAAAGCAAGCAAUGUUCUAUUAGAUGCUGAAUUAAAUGGAAGGCUUGGAGAUUUUGGGCUUGCUAGAUUACACGACCAUGGAACCAAUCCUCAAACCACCCAUGUGGUUGGGACUGUGGGUUAUUUGGCUCCGGAGCUUACUAGAACAGGAAUGGCAACCACUUGCAGUGAUGUGUUUGCUUUUGGGGCUUUUAUGCUCGAAGUGGCUUGUGGAAGGAAGCCGACAGAUGUACAGGCCCAAGGGGUGAUUUUGGUUGAUUGGGUCUCUGAGUGCUGGAGAAGAGAUGCUAUCCUUGAUGCUAGUGAUCCUAGAUUGGAAGGUAAUAAUGUGGUGGAGGAAAUGGAAUUGGUUUUGAAAAUAGGCCUGUUUUGCUCACAUGCAAUACCAACAGCUAGGCCUACCAUGAGGCAAGUGAUGCAGCUGUUGGAUGGCGAUGUUGAUCUGCCAGAAUUACCACGUGACAAUGCUUUUGGUGCAUUUGCAAGUUCUGAAUCAUCUGAUUUCAUGCCAUUUCCUUUUACCCUGGCUUCUACCCCUUCCAUGGGUAGCACUGAUUCAAUUCUGAAAAGUGGUCGUUGAAUCGACUGCAUGUCUUAUGCUAGAUCAUGAAGCUAUGCAUGGGACCAAUCAAGCAGUGCGGCAUAGAAAGCUUAUAGAUCACUUGGAGGUUGGAGAGAAGAGAGAAAAAACUCGUGAUGAAUAUGUUGUAUAUACCGUUUCUUUCACUAAA